AUAAACUGCAAUAGUUGGAAUACAAACAGAAACAAGAUCAUGUCUUGUUCAAAGUAUGCGUCUACACCACAAACAACAAACUUAGCACGAACCAGCCGCCUUAUACUGGGGCCAUGUGCUGACAUUAUGAGGGAUGUACUUCUCAACGAGGUUCCAACGACUGACCUGUCCAGGAGAGUUAAAAGCUGGAUGAAGUCAGAUACGACGAAUAAGCUCAAUAAAUCUCAGGCAGAUUUGAUUUUUCCGCCAUCUUCCAAAAUCUACAAGGGAGAUUAUUCCGAUAUGGAUAUAUCCUUACUAUAUGCUCUCUUGCGUAAUGUGACAAAUCUACCUGCACACAAUAAGGGUUGGGGUAAUGAUCCUGAUCCUACAGAUAGAAGUGUAUCGGCAAAUAUGGAGCGUAUAAGGUUCAUCAGAAACAAACACUACGGACACGCUGUUGAAAUAGGUAUACCCGAUGCCGAUUUCCAGACUGAGUUUAUGAACAUUCGCAAAAUUGCCGAAGAUGUUGAUAUCUAUUUUGGCGUUUCAAAACAUCAGAAAUCAGUAGACUUUAUCAAAACAGACAAAAUGGACCCGGAAAUGGAAAUGAAAUGGAUAAAACAGCUUACAGUAUUAGAGUCGCUGAUCUCAGAUGUAGAGCAAAACACCAGAGACAUACGGGAACUGAAACUAACAAUAGAAAACACAGGGUUUGAGCAUUUUG